AAUUAAAAUGUUUCAGGAGUUCAAUCAUUGAUUAGGGCUAAUUCUAUAUUUAGGGGAAUGCAAAAAACAGCGAGUACCUCCAAGCGACGGCAAACAAGAUUACCUUGGUUCUGUCCAGCUACGUGGCAUUUACGCAUAUUUAAAUCUUGGUGCAGGAUACUUGGGGCACCCUUUAUAUAUACAGCCAAUCAUCGCCGUCGUUGUCGUGUAGCUUGCUCUCGUUCCGCACGCGUACGCUCGCCUCAAACAACCAACCUCUCAAUUUACACAAACGCGUUGGUACAAGCCGCGCGUUGUUUUAAUCGAAACAAUGCGGAAGACAACGCGCUUCCUUCCCGCUUCCCUCCCUGGCGUGCGUGAGAUUGAGCCGCGAUCGCCGGACCACUCCCGCACGCUUUCACUCGCACACACAGCAUACGGCGCGCCGCGACGACCUUAUGGCCCUUGGACUUUAUACGGAAACUCACGGCGACGCCGACUGCAGAAAUGCGGCUGAAGUGUCCAUAUAAUUGCCUAUCGCAAUAAAAAAAUUAAGUGUAUCCCACGCACUGCAGGAAUCGACGUAAUAAAAUAAUGUCUUUCUAUGGUAUCUGGCCACCCGGCAUCGUUUGGGUUUAACCAAAGCGUUAUCAGGCAGACCAACGUGUUUCUGUCAGACGAGAAGCUAUGCGUCUGGCGCGAGCGUGUGUUGAACGACAGCAGCAAUACGGUGGUGACGAAGAUCGUGUACCAGCAAUGGCUUGAUUUCUACUCCAGGGUACUGUUCUGGACAUUGUCAAAUUACACCGUAUUGCCAAGGUAACGGUGGAACUUUGAGCCAAUCAACGAGGCCCGGAGGGCUGCUACUGCCUCCCUGAUUGUCUCAAAAUGUUGUCAUUACUAAAUUUGACAAUGCGGCUGAAUUUGCGCGUUGCCUCCGAAAGAGCACUCCCGGCCACUCGAUGCGAGCUUACGACAUGCCAACUGUUUGAUUCUACACAGGUGUUCGAGGAGCGUAGGCGAGGGAAACACGGAUUGGGAAGACGUCAGCUACUACAUGCUUUACAGUCACACAGACCUCAGAUCUCUUACCAACAGCUCGCCAGCGUGUGGCUGGAGAUACCAUCCACGCCUUCUACUGGUACACUGAUAUGAGCAAGAUUACGCGUGCUGCUCAGCAUGCUGAUACGACCAGCGCAAAAAUAGACACAAGAUAUAAAAAAUUCGGGGUAGCUUGCACUAGUGGCGUAAGGCCAAAGACACAGCGGAGUUGAUUGGUUCCUAGCUGGUCAUGGCUAUACGAAGUGAUGAUAAUAAUAAUAAUAAUAAUAAUAAUAAUAAUAAUAAUAAUAAUAAUAAUAAUAAUAAUAAUAAUAAUAAUAAUAAUAAUAAUAUCCUUUAUUUCACGAAAAUAAUACAAAUUCAAUAACCGGACAGACCAAGCCCUGAAGGCUUGUCGGGCUGUACCCGGCAGUCAGCGAAGAGUACUAGAAAAUAAAGCAAGGUUAGCAAGCUAUAAAUUGAAGCAAGCUACAAAACAAAGAGCAAACUACAACACAAAAAGGAGGUUACAACGCAAAGGCAAAGUACCAAAGAAAAAAAAACCCACGUAGGAGCAAAAGCAAGCUAUAUAAAAAAAUAAAGUGAAACAGACAAGGAUACACACCAAUCUAGACCAAACGAAACUAAUCGAAGCUAUGUCACGGGCUCUAUGACAACAAACCAAGUUGUGCGAAGUAAUGCCAAGUGAUGCUAAGUUAUACCAAGUGUAUAAGCAUUUCCUCGUGGUCCGUGGCAUCGGGGAACGCCUCGCGAAGCACUUGCCGUCCGAGAACGCGUAGGGGAAGUGGGGCGAAAUGUUAUGCACAGUGUACGGGCGGCGCCCAGCAGACGACACGCCGGGAUGACGACACGGCGCAUGCGCAGUAGUGCACAGUUGGCGGGAGCUCGCCGGAGCCGUGUCUGUGUCGGGCGAAGCGAGCGUGCACCGAGAGGUGGGGAAUUGAGGCGCCGGCCAUCUGUAAGGUGUCAGGAUGGCUCCCGUACUUUCGGAUGAGUGCGUGCGCUCUGACACGAUGUCUUCUAAAGUGGUGCAUAACCUGCAUAUUCCCGAUUAUAGGCGAAACACGUAGUUGACCUCGAAGGUGAAGGCGAUUUGCAUGGGGGCUUGAGUCAGGCGCAGAUGGCAGCCGAGCGGCCGCUGGACUUGCCUCCCAGUGCUUGAGCAUUCAGUGCGUUCUUUUUGGUUUACGAGGUGGGCUUGAAUAAUCUCUCGAGCGGCCCUGUGUAUGCCAAGUGCUUCCGAACGGAGUGCCGCCGUCCCAGGUGGAAGUCCUAUAGCGCCUGCUUGUACGCUUUACGUAUAAGCCGGUAGAGCAUGUCCGCCGAACGAAGAGGGAGGUGGGGGUCGCGCAGGCUAUUCGAGCGAUUAUGAGAGCCUGUAUGAGUCGCAACAAGUGCGCUUCUCCGCACAUCUCGACUGCCCUACACAAAAUGGUGGACGUCGCCCUAGAAGUGGUAAUGAAGCAUUAGCGGACGAGAUGUUGCUGCUGUUCUUACCAACAUCUUUUCCUAUGUUGCAAGCCUGCCACUCGCACAAUGGUGUCGCAAGCAGGUGAGUGUGGUGGCGUCUGUGCGCAUUUUUCGGAGGCCAAAACAGGUAAGUAGGUGUCUUUGUAAAUAUAGCGGCGUCAUUCGUGACAGCGUGGUGGAGUCAUCGUAAAUCAUUUUGCAGCCGCAAAAAAGCCAAAUUUUGCUAAUAUGUUUUUACUAAGGCUGCUCGUAAAGCAAUGUAUGUAUGCCUGAAUAAUUAGUACACGUUCAAGUUCGCCGUGGCGUACUCAAAUUAUUCACAAAAUAGACCCGUACGCUCACUGCUGGGAAUGUCAAGUGGUAUCGCAUUACAUUCAAAGGCGUUGAUGACCCGACUGUAUCCUCUUUUUUUUUCUGGAGAAUGGAACUACUAGCGUUAUCAUAGAACACAGUCGUUAUAAUUCGGGCUGCCUGGUAUGCUAUUAACAUUAGAUGUUCGUAGCCCAUGUACAUGGGAAAGAAAAGUAACACUUUGUCUCGCCUACUCUUUCCUCUUCGUCAUGUGCUUGCGGUACGAAUUUCUUUGUAACCGAACCAAAUUUUGGGUAAUAGCGAUGCAUGCUUAAUUGAAGUCGCUAUUGCCAGAAACUUUCAUUGGUAUAGUUACGACUAUUACCAGUGUCGAGUAAACGAAUUCGCGACCUUCACGCAGUUAAGUGAAACAACUAGGGGGGAUAAGAUAAGUAGUUCUGUGGCAUCACCUCGUUAGACGUACGGUUAGGCGUCACCUGGUGUGGCGUCACCUGGUUAGAGCAAACUCCGUGGUUGGACAGGCUGCCUGAGCAGUAAAUCGAACUUGGAACAAUGCUUUUUAGCUGCAGCCACUGCCUCCGCCUGAGUUAUCGGGGAACCUAACAGAUCACAAAUUGACGCCAAGUUAUUCGGCCACUCAAAGCACAGGGACUAUGAUAAUAGAGAGUGAGAGAGAGAGAGAGAGAUGAACAGAAUUUUACAAGCUACUUUUCGUCGAAGCUCUUGUCACUGGUAACACAUCACGUGUACAACGAACCACUGGGAGAAUUAAGAUAGCAAGUCAGUUCUGCGACCGCCCCCAAAGUGGAAGAAAUUUUAUUUAAGAAAAAAGUGUCAUCCAACUGAUAGUUAUAGCGCAAAGUUACAAAAAACUUCGGUUUCUUUUUCGCAAUAUCAGUACGUACCAAUGAAUAAAUGAAACAAUAUAUAAUCUUAUAAUAUCCAAACCAAAUUCCACGUGAACGAGAAUUAGAACAACUUAUUUACGAUAAACUUUGGCCACGGAGGCCACAUAUGUUUAAAAAGGAAAUGAUAUUCAUGUAAAAAUGAAAACAGUAAUUUAUUUGGUAAUUGCUUUGUUGUGUUAUCCGCAGCGGGAUCCUCGCUCCAGCAAAUUAAUAUGCGGCACUAGCCGAUGCGUCGUUUAUCUCGUGCUUAAAUCAGUAUUUCUGGGUAUCAAAUUUAGCAUAGCAUAACUUAUCCGCUUGGGCAAUACAUGAUUAGUCGAGUAGUAGGGCCCAAGAGCAUAGUAGAAGGCAAGAAGAAGUGUUGGUUGGUCGGUUGAAAAACUUUAUCGUGGUUGAAAAACUUUAUUGGAAAGAAGGAGAGUGGCGUGUUAAAACUACUAUUCACACCGUGGGCCUGCUUCGACGACACGGUGCCAAUAGAACAUUGCAUUCCAUGUCAUGAAGCCACAAAGAACAAGUCUUCGGUUCCUACAGAACUCAGAACCUAGUGCAUGUGAAAGACAACGAGUCGCUUGUUACGUGCUCCCAAAUGUAAGUACGUACUUUGCGACAAUAGAUAAUGCAAGCCUGUAAGCAUUCUGCGAAAGCCAUAUUUUUAAGUAAGCUCUCAAAAUUUACAAUAGAGUUGUUUACUCAAACGCUUGUUACAUGAUACAUAUAAUUAUAUUACAUAUAAUAUAUUAAGUUGAAGUAUAAUUCCUUGAAUACAUAGUUUCAAGGAAUCCACAGCAUGCGUGAAGGAAUUCAUACGUCCACAUCAUCGUCAAGUGAGCCACCGCAAUAAAAAUAAACUGUUGUAGUAAUUGCGUUCCUGGUCUUUUUUUUACGUCUACCUGCGUCUCCGAGCUCUAGAACGCGGUUACGGUGUGCUCCUGAUCACCAGCAGACACUGCUGAAGUUACCCCCGAACCUCGGCCCGUAACAACUGGUGGCAGCGGUGGGAUCCAUCAAAUCCCAACCUGCUCUGCAAAUGGAUGUCAAGUGGCGCCAUGCCAUGGAUACAUGGAUCUACGAGCCUCGUCUACCAAGUCGCAACUCACUGCAGCGUUAGCGAUGGUCUACGACGGAUUCUUAAUUGCAAGUUGACGGAGGCCCUGGCUGGCGUGUACGUGAAGUGCACCGUAGUAAACAGCUACACGGACAGCCGCGGCUACGUGCGAAACGUACCGCGUCGCUUCUCGGACAUGGCGCUGUUCGAGAUGCUUCAAGGCGAGGGCGUCAUCUGCGCCCAGCGCCAGACCGGCUUCAUGCGCUACGAGAACGGCUCCGUGGGCGACAUGGUGACGGGAACGGUGUUGCUCACGUUCCUGCCUGACCGCCGGCUACCGGCGACUGUGAACAUCGGCCUUAUCACUUACGAGGUCACGCGCAGGCUCACGCUACCGAUGCAGUGCUACAACUGCCAGCGCUUCGGCCACUUCGCCAGGGAGUGCAAGCGGCCCGUGUCGUGCAGGCUGUGCGCCGGCGUGCACUACUUCUCGCAGUGCGAGCACCGCGACAAGCCGCACUGUGUCAACUGCGGCGAGGCCCACCCGUCCACCUACUGGCGGUGCCCCGUACGCAUCGCGCAGGCCUCCUCGGAUCCGCGGAGCUUGUGGCUCGAGGACUUCGCCAAGGAGUGAGCGGCGGACGCCGCUGUUGCUCGUACUCAAUAAAAGUU